UUACCCCAUUUGAUUGUAUGCAACUAUUUGUGUAAAAAAAUUUUAUAAACUCUCUGAGGAUAACCUGGAUCUGGUGAGCAAAGAUGUUUUGACUUUUGUUCAUAUGAUUAAAUGUUACCAGUCUACCAGUACCAGACAUUACCUGUAUUUGUAUUUCACAGCCACCGCUGUUGAAUAUAUGCUGCAUUACCUCUGCAGUCUGCAGCAAAGAAUUCUGUGGAUAUCUUGGCCACAUUUAAGUGCCAUUUCAUUUUUUAUGAUGUAUUACUGAAAAAUAAUCACUACACUAUUUGCAAUGAUUUUUCCAAGUUAAUAUAACCAUUCCUAGCCCUGUUGCUGUUUUUGGAUAUUUAUUUUUCAGCCUUUUGUUUGUUUGAAAAAUUAGUUUGUUACAAUUUUCCAUGGAUCAUUUGCCAUUGUCAUUCCAAUGCUUGCUACUUCUUAACCAGACAGUUUGCACUGUAUUCCCUCAAACACUAUAUUUAUCUGAAGUGGCAUGUUUAAUUUGCUGUGCUUACUGAGUUAACUUAUUUUUUCAACAAAUGCUAAUACAUUUAGCCAAAUCAGAAGCUGAAAGAGUUCUUCUCAUUGAGUUCCCUACUUGAUCGGUCAUGACCGACCAACCUGUGGCUGUAGGUUUAAUUAUUUUAAAUGAUGUGUUUUCUACCAUCUGAUGCACUUCUGUGUGUGCAGAGAACUGUCAUGAAGGUGAAAGAAUGAUAGAAGAAUUACACUAUCGUUUUAUUCCAUUCCUGUGUGCCUGAGACAGGCUCCUGGCCUCCCGCGGAACAUGAUAAGCCUCGUAUGGAUGAUGUAAAGGACUUUUCUUAACACAUUAUGGAAGCUCAAUUAAAUUGAAAUUAUGUUGAGUGCACGGCGUGAAUAAGUUGAAAGAUGACUAUGAUCAAAAUUUGAUUAACUUUUCCAUACAAUACGACAUUAAACUAAGAACUAGAAGGCAAUCCAUAACAGGAAAUGCUAAAUGCUCUCGCUUUUUUUUGGAGCCAAACGUGGCGGAACGUUUGCUUAGGCCUAACUAGACCGACCGUUUCAUUCUACGAGCAAGCGAGGUCUCUUGCAAACAUGAGUCGCUCUUCUCAAACACACGUGGAACGUUUGCGAAGCUCCAGUUAUUAUUGUUGGUGCAUUGUUGUUGUGGACUAUACGCUCAAUUUUUAAAAGUAUCCACAAUUUGAGAAGAACCUUGAAAAAGAUAAGUUUGUUUUUAAAAAUGCUUGAUUCGCGUAAUAUGAGUGGAAGGACGGCGGUCCAACAACUGAUGAGCAGAAGUUUAAUUUCAAGAAAUCGCUCGCAAUUUGUGCGAGAAAUGGAGCUGCGCAUGUGCAAGAGUCUGGUGGAGUUUGAGACCGAAAUGUCAGCCCGUAAUCGGAUAAUUAAAAUGGAAUUCAAUCACAACGGCUCGCGGUUGGUGCGGGUCCACAACGGUUUGGUUGAGGUUUAUGACCCGCGUACACGCCGUGUCGUUCACACCCUGCCACGGAACUUCUUUUUAAGCUUAAAAAGUAAAGUUUUCGAAUUUACGGAUGUCGAUCACGAACUUCUACUCGAGUGCUGGAGUGUGGAUGGAGGCCGACCAGAGUUACAGCUCUGGGAUGUGCGGUUUUCGUCCUCGCAUGCCGGUAGGAUCCAUUUCCGUGAUGAGAUAAUGGCACAAUAUGCAUAUUCCAAGAAGGAGAGGUCACUCCUGACCAAAACGUAUAAUUUUAUUUCCGGGGAGACAUGGAAACUAGCGUUUUACAACAAAUCAAGCUUUUCCAUAUCGGGAGAUGCGACGCCUGUGAGGUCUUUCAGUGAUACGUGGACACCAACGUUACAAGUUACGUGGUUCGGCUUGGCACCGGACGACAGCUGCCUUGUGUUCCAACCCACUCCUGAGAGCUUCCUUGCUGUACACAAUCCUUCUUUCGCAACCUUGGAAGAAGCUCUCAAACAGUUUGAGGAUGGGCGACUGAAGAUCUUUAGAGCCAGUGGUCCGAACCCAAGUGGUUUAGGAGUUAUGAACAAACUCACCCACAUGGUUCACGAUUCUAGGCUUACUGAACAUUUCAAAAUCUGUCCAAGAGGAAACUUCAUUAUCGGUGAUCCAUGCGAACCAUAUGAGAAGUUCAGGGUCUACAGCUUCGAUCACGAUGUCCCGACGUCCAAGUUUCAACAAAACCCACCGACUCUGAUCAGCACGGCGCAAUUUACUGCCUCCGGAGACCAAAAAUUUUGCAAAGCUCCAUUUAUUCUCAGUGAAACAGGCGAAAUCGUUGUCACGUACGAUAUCUCUGGAACCAUCGGCUUUUACCACUUGAGAGCGCCGGUAUUAACCGAACGUCCAAUAGAUUUGCAUCCCUUUAAUAGUUUCACGAUCGAGAAGCCGUCUGUAAUGGCAUUGAGUCCAAACUUAGACAUCUUCGUUACUGGUCAUGCCUCUGGCAUAGUGGUAUGGUAUUAUCCUAGACUUUAAACUAUACGUUCCACAGAUUUUGAGAAGGCGCAC